AUGCCGGCACGGCGGCGUGCUGUAGAGCAGUGCUCGGUCGAUCACUGCGUUUCUUCCACAUGGUCACAUUUACGUUUGCUGUGCUUGCCUGUGCGGUUGUAUUCGUUUGUUCGGCUUGAACAGAGUCUUUGUCGCGAAGAGUGCUGCUGGAGUCGCGGUAAAGCGUGGUACAAGUCGCAAGAGCAGGGAUGGGGAGUUUAG